AUGAGACAGAUUAUUGCAUUCUGUGUCUUGGCCGUAGCGGCUGCAGCGCCCGCUUUGAAACUGUUUACACAUCCGGAGAACACGUUGCUCAGCUACGAUAGCGAAAACGGAGGAACCUCCAAUGAAAUUGUCCUAAAGCCACAAAUCAACUACCGUUACAAGAAUGGACCAUCAGACAAUCGCAAGACGGGAGGCCGGGGUGAGCUUGACAGGCUGAUAGACGAGAUAUUGGUAUCGUACUCCUGGGACGACCCCGACGGGGUCAAAUCGUUCUCCUGGGUUGGCCCCGACGGAGUCAAAUACACCCUGAAGUUUGUCACCGACGAGAGUCCAGAAGAUCAGACUAGCCUACCACAGGACGUAGAGGAGGAGCCACCAGGUUCCGGCCCUAUUUCUCCCUCAUGCCUAGCCUCAUUAUGUGGCUAA